GCGGCAACCCCGCUUGAGACGACCGGGAGGCUGGGAAAAUCUCGCGGCCCGAUGCGGCCUUUCUCCGGCUCCAGGACGGGCUAGCUGCUUCGAGGGUGAUUAUCUACACCAGCUGGUGAGAAACACCUCUGCUCUGGAAAGUGUCUUCCCCGUAAACCGGAUUAUGACCUGAAUAAGACGGACAUGUCUGCUGAUCCCCGGCCAGGCUGGAGGCCCUGGAGAAGCCGGCCGAAGGAGGAAGAAGACACAGCGCUAAGGACAGGUCCAGGCACACAGUUGGGUGAGCCGGGGAAAUAUGCCUAUGCUGCUCUCUGUGCGGUUUCCUUGGCCUCGUUGUUUCCGGAUCAGGAAGAAAGUGCCUACAGGACGGGAGUGGUGGAGAACCUGGUCAGGUGGCUGGAGUUGUCGGACACUGUGAUGCCAUCCAUGUUGGCCUUUGCUGGAGGUCUGGGGGCUGAAGGAACAGAGACCUUCACUCGGAUUCUUCUGAGCGAGCCGCUUCUGAAGGAUGAGCCUGGUGCCAUUAUGCUGAACCUGGUCUCCUUUUCUCUCAAGGAUGGCUACUACGAUGCUCGCAUGCGAGUGCUUCUGUCCCACAUGGCCGGGUUGCUGGGGAUCCCGUUGGCAGAAUUGGAAGACGCUGAGGACUAUCUGCUUGAAUGUCUGAAGGAAGAAAAAGAGGUGGAAUCGGAAACUGAUGAAGGCAAUCGGAAGAAGAAGGAGAGAAGGAAGAGGCUGAAGCGGUACCUGCUGAUCGGCUUAGCGACUGUAGGCGGAGGGACAGUCAUCGGCCUGACUGGGGGAUUGGCAGCCCCCCUGGUGGCUACCGGAGCAGCAGCCAUCAUCGGGACCGCUGGGGCCACAGCCUUGGGGUCAGUAGCCGGGGUGGCCAUUAUCGGUUCUCUCUUCGGAGCCGCUGGAGCAGGACUUGUGGGGUACAAGAUGAAAAAGCGCGUGGGGGCCAUCGAAGAAUUCGAAUUCCUUCCCUUAACCGAAGCGAAGCAGCUCCAUAUCACCAUCGCCAUCACCGGCUGGCUUUCUCCGGGGAAAUACG